AUGGCCUCAAAAGGAUGGAGCAAUUUUCACGUGGGAAGAGAAUGUAGCCACCAGAAGUGGGCGCGACGCAACACCCCCAAGUUCACAGUCUCGUCCGGCGAGACGGUCUCAUUCGACGCCAUCGACAGUAGCAAUGGCCAACUCGACACCUCAUCCAACGCCGCCGCCAUCAAGGCCCUGGACCUCAACCUCGCCAACCCUGUCUUCGGCCCGAUUUACAUGAACGAUGCCCAGCCAGGUGAUGUCCUCAAAGUCGAGGUCCUCGACCUCGAGGUCGCCGACUGGGGCUGGUCCGCCAUCAUCCCGGGCUUUGGUCUGCUGGCAGACGAAUUCCCAGAGCCCGAGCUCAAGAUCUGGGAACUGAACCGUGAAGCAGGCUUCGCUCAGUUCAAGAACAUGCGUAUCCCCCUCCGCCCCUUCCUGGGAUGCAUGGGUCUCGCCCCAGCCAGCGACGAAGAGCUCUCGACCGUCCCGCCCACCAACGCAGGUGGUAACAUGGACUGCCGCGAACUGAGCGUCGGCUCCAUCGUCUACCUCCCCGUCCAGACCGCCGGUGCACUGUUCAGCUGUGGCGACGGCCACGCUGCCCAGGGCCACGGCGAGGUCUGCGGUACCGCCAUCGAAACCCCGAUCCGGGCCACCCUCCGCUUCGAACUCGUCAAGAACCAGCCGUGGAUGACAGCUCCUCAGUUCCAGACUCCGCCCCGCGCCCAGAUUCCCAACCCCUUGCCUGACCUGGGUACCUACGGUGCUCUGGGUGUUGCUCCCGACUUGUACGAGGCUACGCGGAGUGCUACUCGGAACUUGAUCGAAUGGCUUGUGCAGACGAAGGGUCUUACUCGCAGUGAGGCAUACAUCCUUUCCAGUGUUGCUGGAGACCUGCAGAUUGCCGAGGUGGUCAACGUGCCCAACUUCGAGGUGGCCAUGACUCUGCCACUGGGCAUCUUCUCUUGA